AUGGAUGCUUGUCUUGAGAAUAGGCUUAAGAAUUUCCGACAGGAACACGGAUACGAAGAAGAUCAGGAUUCUUCAGUGUAUUUGAAAGUGCGUGAGCUGAUUUUGGACGGCUCAAGCAUUAAAACGAUCUCAAUGAAGGAAGGAGAAAGGCUUGAAAAGUUUAAAAAUUUGUCCAAAUUGUCUUUGAAUGGGACUGGGCUUACAACACUAACAAAUUUUCCAGAAAUGCCAAGUCUCAAAGUGCUUGAACUCACCGAUAAUUACAUCUCAGACCCAAUUGUUUUCACUAUGAUCCCAAAACUAUUUCCAAACCUUAAAAUAUUACAAAUGGGUGGAAAUCAUCUGAAAAAUCCACAUGACGUUAAAUCACUGAGUACAAUGCCCUAUUUGGUAGUUUUGGGUUUGGCUAUGAACCCUAUGGCUAAUGAAAAGAAUUACAGAGAAGUUGUGUUUGAGUGUUUGCCUAAUCUGGAAGUCCUUGACCAAGUCGACUCAACAGGAGCAGAGUACAACUACUCAUCAGACGAGGCUCUUGAUGAUGAUCUUGAAGGCGAUGCUGAUGAAGACGAUCUCGAAGGGCCUGAUGAAGAAGACGAUGUAUUGAAAAAGUUUUAUGAAGCUGAAUAUAAAAGUGAUGACGAAGAAGACGAUGAUGAGUUUGACCCUGAGAACCAGCCUGAUGUUGAGGACGAAGAUUUCUACGAGGAAGAAGAUGAGGAAGAGGAAUUGGACGAACCAGACGAUGAUUAUGACGGCAAGAGACCAGCAGAAGAUGAUCUUGAGAAUGAAAGUGCUUCAUCUACAAAACCUAAAACUGAAUAA